ACCACAAUUCGUGCAAUUGCUGUAAAUAGCGAGCAAAACAUCAAUUCCUAUAUUAGUCGUCAAGUACUCGAAGAAAAACGAAAAAUACGGGGUAUUAUAGCCAUUGAUUUCGGUGCUGAUUGGCACCGGGGACAGGUAGAUGCUAAUGGGGCCCAACCACCAGAGCACCUACACUACUCAUUGAGCAUCAAAAACGCUGAUUAUAAUAACGGCAAGGAUUAUGAUCACCGCUUAAUCCAACCCCAAGAGCUAUUAUUUUUGAGACAUAAUAAUCACCGCAAUCCGCACAACGGGUACAUUGAGUCGUGUUUUUGCGAAAUACAAGUGGCUAUAGAUUUGGCGCACAUUUCACUCGUUAGUAACACGAGUGUCGAUAAUAUCGAUGUUUAUCGUCAGAUAAUGCCAUUACCCGUGAACUAUAUCAAUGAAAAUACACUGCAUUUUAGGGACGAUCAAUAUUAUUUCGAAAUAGCUAUCAUACUAUUCGCGCUGUUAGUUAUGCUACCGGUGACUGUCAAACGUAUUGUGGAGGACAGACAGACCCGGAUUACGGACUACUUGUUUCAGUUGGGAAUCUCCAGAGUCCACCACUGGAUCACUAUUAUCAUAGACUCCCUGUCCGUUAUCGGUGUCCAACACCUCAUAAUCACAUUAAUAUUCUAUUUCUAUGGACUUCUACCCGGAAUCUCAUUCACAUUAUUCUCAGUCGAGAAUAUUCUGAAAGGUAUUGAUUUAGACGUCGACCGCAACUCUAUUGCUGUAAUUCUGGGUCCAAACGGUUCCGGAAAAACAACUCUUAUUAAUGUUAUUACAGGUUUAAUCGGUUUCGAGGGAAAGGUGUCUAUCGGUGGACACGAUAUCACACGAGAGUCACAAUUGGCUCGAAAUGAGUGCGGAAUUUGUCCGCAAAUUAACGUUUACUUCAAAUACUUGACAAUUAGAGACCAUUUCAUGAUUUUCUCGCAAUUGAAACAAACUAUACGACAGACCAGUGAUGGCUAUAGUAGUGAUGAACUGAUCCGUAGNCGAGAGUCACAAUUGGCUCGAAAUGAGUGCGGAAUUUGUCCGCAAAUUAACGUUUACUUCAAAUACUUGACAAUUAGAGACCAUUUCAUGAUUUUCUCGCAAUUGAAACAAACUAUACGACAGACCAGUGAUGGCUAUAGUAGUGAUGAACUGAUCCGUAGGUUAGAUCUCGAGGAAGAUGUAGACAAAGAGGCGUAUCAACUGUCGGGCGGAACACUGAGGCGACUGGUGUUAGGGUUAGCCCUAAUCGGACCAAACAAAGUCCACAUAUUAGACGAACCGACCGCUGCGUUGGAUCCCAGAGUGAAGAGGAAAGUCUGGGAUCUGAUCCAAGGGUCGGGUAAACGGAAGACAAUUAUAAUUACUUCGCAUGACUUCGAAGAAGCGAAUCUUCUGUCAGACAAGAUAUGUGUCAUAUCGAGGGGAAGGGUAUGUUUCAAAGGGACGACACUUGAGAUGAAAAAGGAAUUCAAUUCUGGAUAUCAGUUGAAAGUCUGUAAAAGUAUUGAAUUGCAAACCGAGAGUCGAAUCAAAGAUAUUAUCGAGAAAUACGUGAAAAUCAAAAGUUUUGUGAGAAAUGAAUUGAGAGAUAACGAGGAACUGGUGUAUGAACUGGACUUUGAGGACAGCCAUAGGUUUAGCGAAAUGUUUGAAGAAUUGGAGGAAAAGACACUUUCGUUAGCCAUUACUGACAUGUCGUUAGGGAUGAAAACCCUUGAGGGCUCGUACGCUAAGAUCAUUGCAAAAAUGAUAUCAUAUAUGGGAAGGAUCUGGGAAGUGAUGGACACAAAGACAUUCAACAAUCACUCG